GGGACUUGUGAAUGGCAGCCAAUGGGAGGGUAGAGUCCCCUCAGCCUCUCAGCCUCUCUGACAUCCACACAGCGAGAAGUGAUGCAGCGCCGCUGAGACGCGCAGUCGGGGCGGAACAACGGGCAACAAAAGCCGCAGCGAGCGGAUACUCCGCGCUCAGCCGUGCGUUUUUCCUCCGACUUCCUUUCAUUUUUCACCCCGUCGUGUGAAGAUAAAAAAAAGAAAAAUCUCUCUACGCUGGAAUAAACUUUCCCAAAAAUCAGGUGCUGAUUGCCGACCAGUGUGAGUCCGAGCGGCCUUUCCUGCCUCAGCGGCUCGCAGCAUGAGAACCGGGCUGAUACUCUGACCAGGAAGCGGCAGACACGGACCACUGGGGUGGCGUAAGGCAGAGGUUUGUUGCUGUGUGGCCAUGGAUCAAAGGAGACUCUGUGCUCUUGUGAUGCUGUGGGCCGUGGUCCACCUCAGCUCUCCGGGUUACGGCCUCAGAGCCCUGCGAAGGACUACAGGGGGGCGGAGGGGGCCGACGGGGCUGACAGGACAGGAUGCCAACGGAGUCCCGCUCAGACGCUCUAAACGAGGCUGGAUGUGGAACCAGUUCUUUCUGUUGGAGGAGUACACUGGGACGGACAUGCAGUAUGUGGGAAAGCUCCACUCGGACGGGGACCGAGGAGACGGCAGCGUGAGGUACGUCCUCACCGGGGAGGGAGCGGGGACCCUCUUCAAGAUCGACGAGAAGUCUGGGGACAUCCACGCCACCAAGAGGCUGGACCGCGAGGAGAAGUCCUACUACAUCCUGCACGCCAAGGCCGUCAACCGUUUCACCAACGAGGCGCUGGAGGGCGAGUCCGAGUUCAUCAUCAAGAUCCACGACAUCAACGACAACGAGCCGCGCUUCACCAAGGACCCGUACAUGGCACGGGUUCCAGAGAUGUCCGACGUCGGAACCUCUGUGAUUCAGGUGACGGCCGUGGACGCAGACGAUGCCACGUACGGGAACAGCGCCAAGGUGGUGUACAGCAUCCUGGAGGGCCAGCCGUACUUCUCUGUGGACCCUGAGACAGGCUUGAUCAAGACUGCGCUGCCCGGCAUGGAUCGGGAAGUGAAGGAGCACUACCAGGUAGUGAUCCAGGCGAAAGACAUGGCGGGACAGAUGGGCGGGCUCUCAGGAACCACCACGGUCAGCAUCACGCUGUCGGACGUCAACGACAACCCGCCGCGCUUCACCAAGACCCUGUACGAGUUCCGGGUGCUGGAGUCCAACGAGCUGGGCUCUACGGUGGGAAUCGUCCGCGCCAUGGACGCCGACAUCGGCCCCAACGCGGAGAUGGAGUACAGGAUCAUCGGGAGCGACGGGCCGGGGAUGUUCGACAUCAUCGCCAACAGGACCACGCAGGAAGGCGUCAUCCUGCUGAGAAAGCCUCUGGAUUACGAGAAGAAGCGGCAGUACAGCCUCCGGAUACAGGUGGAAAACGUCCACAUCAACCCUCGCUUCUACUCCAUGGGCCCCUUCAGGGACGAAGCCAGCGUGAAGAUCGUGGUGGAGGACGUGGACGAGCCGCCGGUGUUCGAGCGGCCCACCUACAUCAUGGAGGUCAGGGAGGACGCGGCGAGGAACACCAUCAUCGGCUCGGUCAGCGCGUCGGAUCCCGACGACAAACACAGCCUAGUCAGGUACACCAUCGACCGGCGCACAGACAUGGACCGAGUGUUCAACAUCCACGCGGGGAAUGGGUCGGUGUUCAUCCUCCGGGAGCUGGACAGAGAGGAGAAAGCCUGGCACAACAUCUCUGUCAUCGCCACGGAGUUCAACAACCCACGCCAGAUAAGCCGUGUGCCUGUAUACAUCAGAGUGCUGGACGUCAACGACAACGCUCCAACAUUUGCCACCAAUUAUGAGACGUUCGUGUGUGAGAACGCCAAGGCUAAUCAGAGGAUUCAGACCGUGAGCGCGACGGACCCCGACGAGCCGCUCGGAGGCCAUCGCUUCGUCUUCAGUCUGGCCCCAGAGGCCAACGGCAAGGCAAACUUCUCUGUUCGUGACAACAAAGAUAACACCGCCUGGAUCCUAACCCGGAGGAACAGCUACAACAGCCUCCAGAAGAGCAUCUACCACGUUCCCGUGGUGAUCACGGACGGAGAGUUCCCGGAGCAGAGCAGCACCAACACGCUCACCAUCAGGGUGUGCACCUGCGACCGCGAGGGCAACAUGAAGCUGUGCAACCCCGAAGCGCUGACGGCGAGGGCGGGGCUCAGCACCGGCGCCCUGGUGGCCAUUCUGCUCUGCGUCGUCAUUCUGCUCAUGAUCGUGGUGCUGUUCGCCGCCCUGAGGAGGCAGAGGAAGAAGGAGCCUCUGAUCAUCUCCAAAGAGGAUGUCAGGGACAACGUCGUCAGCUACAACGACGAGGGCGGAGGAGAGGAGGACACUCAGGCCUUUGAUAUCUGCACGCUGCGCAACCCGGAGGCCAUCGAGGAGAGCAAACAGAGGCGGGACAUCAUCCCCGAGACCUUCUACCCUCCGGUUCGACGGCCCGUGGUGCCGCCGCCGAGCCGGGACAAUAACGGCGACGUGAGAGACUUCAUCAACCAGCGGCUGCAGGAUAACGACAGCGACCCGACGGCGCCGCCUUACGACUCGCUGGCCACCUACGCCUACGAGGGAAACGGCUCCGUGGCGGAGUCCCUCAGCUCGCUGGAGUCGGUGACCACCGAGGGCGACCAGGACUACAACUACCUGAGCGAGUGGGGGCCCCGAUUUAAGAAGCUGGCGGACAUGUACGGCGGCGACGACAGCGACUCCUAACAAGAGCCUGGCACACGGACGGAAAGCGUGGCGUAAAAACCCGAACGUUCAGGCGGUUUGGCCCUGCGGACACGCCGUCGGUGGAACGUUGAGAAGAACCGGCCGGCGGCGUCCUGUCGUCCCUCCGGUGACCAGACGUAGGCUUUGUGUGUCCAGUCAGUGUUAGUUGCGUUUUUUGCAGGGACGCAGUGAAGACUCUUUUUGUGUGUGUAAACAGGGUCCAAACCAGACCCAAAUAUAUCGACAGAUUUUAUUUGGUUGUUUCUUUUUUUCCAAAGCUGCCUGUGACUUACGGACUCCCUACAAGCAGUUUGGUUACCUACAGAUAUGCCGACGUAUUUUUCAGUGUUUCUGAGACUUAAACUAAAUGCUGCAUAUUGUGAGUUCUAUCUUAGCUUGUGUAUGUACGGUUAUAUGAUACAAUCCGCUGUACAGUUUUCUUUUUUAUCUCACCUCCAGUUUGACCUGAAUCCAACUCAAUUCAUCCAGGAGGUACAGUUUGUCAAACCUUCACAAGAAGCUGUGUGUAAGCAGCUCUGAGGUCUUUGAGUUAAAAUACCAAAUAUUUCCUCAAUAUGGAGGAAUGUCAUCAGUUUCUCUCUGAUCCACUGAAGAAAAUAUUGUUUUUUUUGCUAAAUUCAUGAGACAAAAGGUCCAAAAAGUUGAAAAACUGUCCUGUUUUACCUUGGCUAGAACUUUUUAUGUGGUGUUUGAUUCUUCCUCCUAGAACAGAAGAAA